AUGGAGGGCACUCGUAGUGGACGAGACCGUGGGCGCAGCUCUAGGCAACCGUUGACUGAAGAGGGUACUCGUGUACAAAUGCCGAAACCAAACCCUGAAAUUGGAGUGGAUUCUAAUGCUCUGGUAGCUGCCGCUAUCCAGCAGGGUGAGGAUAAGGCCCUCGAAUGGUUUCAAAAGUUCUCUCCACCACAAUUUAUUGGAGGACCAAACCCAGAUGUGGCCGAAAAGUGGUUGGAGAAAAUGAUUGACAUUUUCGCUGCCCUGCAUUAUACCGAAGAGAGACAAGUAAUAUUUGUUGUCUUCCAAUUAGAGGGAGCAGCCCGUUCUUGGUGGAAUAUGAUCAGAAUGAAGUGGGAGAGGGAGCAAACACCAAGGACUUGGGUCAAUUUCAUGAGAGAGUUCAACGCCAAGUAUUUUCCUCCUUUAAUUCAAGAGCAAAAGGAGGAUGAGUUUAUUAAACUUCGUCAGGGAGCUCAAACCGUGGUAGAAUACGAGAGCCACAUUACUAGGUUGUCUAAGUUCGCUCCAGAACUUAUUGUGACUGAGCAAAGAAGGAUACAACGAUUUACUCAAGGGUUGAACGUUGAGAUUCAAAAGGAUUUAGCCGUAGCCCAGAUCAAUACAUUUAGUGAUGCUGUAAAGAAAGCCCUACGAGUUGAAAAUUUGAGACUUCAAGUUAGAACCUUCCAAGUGAAGAAACGGGGAUGGCCUGGAAGUAGUUCAAGACAAGAAAAUGAAAGAGAACUGGAGGAGUAA